GACGUCAUGCCGCGGCGGCCGAGGCGGGGCCGCCGGCUGGCGCGUACGCGGCGAGCGAGCGCUGGUGCGGCCCGCCCGGCUUCCCCUGCGCCCGCGACCUCGGCCUCGACGCCAGCUGCGGCCCGGCCGCCGCCUCGACAUGGACCCCGCCGGCCAAGAUAUCAACCUGAAUUCUCCUAACAAAGGUCUGCUCCCCGACGCCAUGACGGAUGUCCCUGUGGACACAGCGGUGGCCACCCAGGCGCCUGCCGUUGAGGGUCUGACGGAGGCCGAGGCGGAGGAGCUCAGGGCCGAGCUUGCAAAGGUAGAGGAGGAAAUCGUCACCCUGCGCCAGGUGCUGGCAGCCAAGGAGAGGCACUGUGGAGAGCUGAAGCGGAGGCUGGGCCUCUCUGCCCUGGAGGGCCUGAAGCAGAACCUGUCCAGGGGCUGGCAUGACGUGCAGGGCUCCAGUGCCUACGUGAAAACUUCUGAGAAACUCGGAGAGUGGAAUGAGAAAGUGACCCAGUCGGACCUCUACAAGAAGACCCAGGAAACCCUCUCUCAGGCGGGACAGAAGACUUCGGCGGCCCUGUCCACCAUGGGCUCUGCCAUCAGCCGGAAGCUCGGGGACAUGAGUCUAAGGUUGUCGGUGGCAGAGAGAAUGGCAGUGACAACCUUCCCUCCCCGACCGGGAGUGGUGACAGACCCCUGCCCGAUCACACGCCCUUUUAAGCCCGUAGUGGCUUUGCCCGGCCACGGAACAAGCACACCCUCAUCGCCCCAACUGCAGUUUCACGCGGCAGGUGUUGAGGACAGUCACGCCAUCCCCAUGGAGAUGUGGCCACCGCGCUCGCAUGGGUCAGAGAACACGUCUCGUACACAGAUGCAUCCCCCUCUCGGCAGAUCAGCAGACCACUGCGCCGUCCUGCCCCAGGGCAGGAAGCGGGCGGGGUGACUGGGCCAGAGCCAGGCUCCUGUUGGGAAUCUUGUUAGUCAGUCAGCAUGUUGAAGGUGGGGAGCGAUAAGAGUAAAAUGCGUGGUGUCUUCUAAGCUCCCUCCCCAAGUCACAGCAGGAACAGUCAUCCAGAAAGCCCUGCCUUGAGCUGCAGUUUUAUUUCAAAAUGCUAAACCAGAAAACUACCCAAUUUCUCAGACUUUCCAGAAAGAAGCUGAUUAUCAGCAGCUGCCUAGUCAUCACACUAAUGGUCCGGCUUUAACAGAAGCGAAGUCUUUAUUUUUUAAACGCGGUGGGUUUUUCAAAAAAUAAAACUAAGCCAAGCAGCUUUAGCCUCAUAGUUAGAAAAUAUUAUUUCCUUGGACUCAAGCUGAAAUGCACGCCUUACGUCGCCUUAUACUUCAUCUGUUUAUAAUGUUUUUAUAUGUAUGAGGGAGGGCUCUUUAGUGGGUUUUGAGCACUAUGUGAAAUCCUGCAGGCAGCCGAGGGGCAGCACGGCUGUGCCGGUGGUGUGUUUUAUUUUACGAGUACACUCCGUCCCCGUGUAGGAAACUGGCUUCUCUCCCCUCAGUGACUGGGGCAGCUCCCACUGGCCACUGGGGGCGGGGGCAGCAGAAAGAAAGACCAGCACCUCCCCGAGGGCCGACGCUGCUCCUGCACAGGCCGGGCCUGGCUGGCCCAUCGCUGGCCCAUCGCUGGUCAGCAGCUCCAGCCUGUGUGUGUGCCGCCCGCUGCGGCCAGCAGGCAGCAGGCAGACCCUGCGGCAGCUCAGGGCCGGGGCGUCGGCUCAGCUGGGACUCCGUUGUUGCCUCUUCUCAGGAGCUACAAAGAUCUCUUUCCCCUCUGAUGCUGCCACAGCCCAGCAGCCUCUCACUCAGGGCCCCACGUCUGGCACGCCUGGAGGCGGGCAGCUCUGUGCCUUACAGGCUUCUAGCGGGCAGAGACCUCACCUGCGUCUGUGCGCUCUCAAGGGGGAGGAGCCGUCAGCUCAGUAUCCUCUGGUGGACCAUGAUGUGCUCUGGUACCUGAGUGUCUGCUGGUCACUUUAGACACUGGGGGUGGGGUGGCUGCAGUCCAUGCUCGUGCCUUGGGAGGAACGCUGCUCCGUGCGCUCUCCCCAGGGUUGGAAUCUCUGAUGGGGUGUGGUGGGAAGGCAGGAUGCAGGGGUAAUAAGUGAUUUAUCUUGUCCUUAAAGUAAAUAGCGGGUGAUUUGUCAAUAAAGCAUUCCUUUGGGGGAGAACCCACUUCAGCUCG